AUGCCCUCCCCGGCAGCUCUAACAAUCUAUGCCUUCGGCCUAACGGCGCUGUUAGCCGGCAUCGGCUCCCUACUAGACCCAGCCGGAUCCCUGCCGCAGCUGGGCCUGCCGUACGCGUGCGUGGCCGCGGCGCGCGGCAACGGGCUCGCGGCCAUCGCCAUGGGCCUUUACUACUCACUCGCGGCGUACCAGGAAAACACGGCCUUCUUCGCCGUCACGGUGCCCAUGCGCUCGCUCACUACCGCCGUCUUCUGGGCCCAGGGCUGGAGGCUGCCGGCUGUCUGGGAGGGUGCGGGCGCGCUGGCUACUGCGUUUGCACUCUUGUUAUGGGGUCGUGCUGCGGCUGGGGAGGGGAAAGGGAAGAUUUAUUAG